AUGGAGCACCCCAGUGUGUACCCGCCCCUGGAGAGGGCCCCCCGACCUGCCCUGAAGGAGAUCUGCUUGGUGCCUGCGGUCAUUCUGUCCCCAGGAAACCAGUGGACAGACGAGGAAGGGGCCGGUCCCGGGGUGUGUCAGUGUGGGGCCAGGGAUGCAGUGAGCCUGCCCCUGGGGCCCAGCAGUCCCUGCAGUGCCGACGGGGUCCCCCCGGUGCCCCUGGAGGCCGAGGAGACCGUGUCUGUUGGCAGCUGCUUUGCGUCCGAGGACACGACCGAGGACUCUGGAGUGAUGAGCUCCCCCUCAGACAUCAUCUCUCUGGAUUCCCAGCAUGACAGCACGAAAUCCAGAGACAAGUGGGCCACCGACCAGGAGGACAGCAGCGACCAGGACCUGGUGGGAACCCCAGAGCUGGGUCCCCCGAAGAGCCCUGCGUGGGAGAGAAACGGCUCUGGACACUGGCAUUGCAGAGCUGAGGAAGCUGCCACCCCCGCAGACGACGACGGCGGCCUCGCUGCCCGGCAGUUGGAGCACACCCUGGCGGACCUGGACGGGGAUCUGGACGACCUGGAAGACAGCUAUGAAACCGACUCCAGCUCUCUCACCGGCUCCGUCAACGGCGUGUCCCACCGCUGCCUGCAGGGCGCCAUGGUCCCCCAGAGUGACGCCGAUGCCAUCCCAGUGACGUUUAUCGGGGAAGUUCUAGAUGAUCCUGUGGAGUCGGGGUCUUUUGACCUGGGGGGUGCAGGCAGCAGGCCGGCCCACCCGCCGCAGGCGCAGGUGCAGGCACAGGUGCAGGCGCAGGUGCAGGCGGAGCCCUGGCGGCAGCAGGGACAGGAGUGGGCGGACCCCGCCUGGGCGCCUGCCCGCGACAGGGGGGAAGUGAGGUCAGCCCUGCCCGGCCCCUGGACAGAUGUGGAUCCCGUCCGAAUGGAGCCCAAGGUCACUGCUGAGCUGCGCGGGCAGGACGGGAUCGCACAGGAGAAGAGGAAGGAGCAGGGCUCUGGGCCCCGCGCGAGGACACACCCCCCUGAGGCCCGGGACCCUCCCCCAGCGAAGGACAGAGAAGGCGGCGAUAAGAAGGAUGUCUCAGUACCUCCCUCGUGGUAUCAGCGAGGCCAGAACCCAGGGGGCAGUUUCGGACUUAAAUAUGGCCUCACGACCUAUAAAAUUGUCCCCCCUAAGUCAGAGAUGAGGUGUUACGACCGAGGAGUGUCGCUCUCCACGGGCGCCAUUAAGAUCGACGAGCUGGGGAACCUGGUGAACCCCCACGCGAGCGGGGGCCGCACCGUGGCGCUGCCGUCACCUGCUCUCGAGAGAGACGCCCAGCCCCCCGGAGAAGUCUGGGGGUUCUGGGGGGCCGACUCCAGGGAGAAACACGCGGGCCGGCCCACGGAGUGCUCGGCCAGGGGGCCCCCCACCCGCACCCCCACGGCGCCCGCCACGUCCCAACAGCAGGGCGGCAGACUCGGAGCAGAGCCCGGCUCCCCAGAGCCCGCAGCGACAUCGCCCUCGCAGCCGGCCCCCCACCCGGAAGGGAGACCCCCGGAGGGGGCGCCCAGCCAGCCACGGGCAGCAGCCUCGUGCCACACGGAAGUGCCAGCAGCUCGCACGGCCCACGUGCUGUUCCUCAGGCCUCAGAAGAGAACCUCCAGUCAGUACGUGGCCUCGGCCAUUGCCAAGCGGAUGGGGCCCCCGCGAGCCCGCGCGGACGCAGCCCCGAAGCAGGACGGGGCGGGGAAGACCAGGGAGGGCGGGGGGCCAGAGCUCAGGGCACCCCGCCCCACGCCGGAGGACGCCCCCCGCAGCCUGGGCCCCGAGCCGCACAUGCGCAAAGGGGAGGCAACGCCACCCUGCGGCCAGCCCCCCAACUCCAAGCGGGAAGACUCCGCAGGAGGAGCCCAGCCCAGGGCGCACGUCAGCAGCCCUCUCAGGGGGCUGGCUGCUCAGGACCCCCCUGCUGGCGCCCACAGAGGCCCCGACAUCCCGCCCGGCACUGCGCGGAGGGAUCAGGAUCCCGGGGGCCCCAGCCGUGCCCUGGGUGGGAAGCACAGCACGGCUGACCACAGGGCCGGCUCGGCAGGGAACCCUGGACGCGCGCUGGACAGCACGAGCGGGCCCCUGCGCUCCGGAGAUGACGGGGCCCCUGGCAGGUCCCUGGUGAACGGCUCCAGGUGGGCCCCCGCCCACAGGGAGCCUCCUCCCUCCCCCAGAGCGUCCGGCGGCAGCAGCCACGCCGCCCUGGCACAGGAGGGGAGGCCCCCUGUGGCCUGCACGGAUACGCCGGACGCCGACGGCUCGCUGCCACCCAGCAUCUUCGGGCCAAAGAAAAAGUUCAGACCUGUGGUCCAGAGGCCAGCGCCCAGAGACACCUCCCUGCACAGCGCGCUGAUGGAGGCCAUCCACUCGGCAGGAGGCAAGGACAGGCUGCGGAAGACGGCGGAGCCCAGCCCAGAAGGAGGCCCCAAAAAGCUGUCCUACGCGGAGUCGGAGAGCGAGCACUCGGCCCUGCUGGCGGCCAUCCGGGGGCACCGCGGGGCCUGCGGCCUGCGGAAGGUGACAUCCUGUGCUUCUGAGGAGCUCCGGAGCUUCCGGGAGGCCGAGAGGUCCGCACACGGGUCGGAACCCUCCGGACCGGGAGACCUUGGCAGCCCGCCCUCCCUGCCGCCCCCACCGCCACCCGCUGCCCCAGCCCUGUCAGCAUCCAGGUCCAGCUCCGGCCCCCUCGGGGACCCGGUGGACGCCAGACAGGCCUUGAUGGACGCCAUCCGCUCUGGCACAGGGGCUGCCAGGUUGAGGAAGGUGCCCUUGCUUGUGUGACUCAUCGGUCAGACCAGGCGGCGGCAGAAACCCACCUGUCACGGGCCCACCCUCAGCGCGAGGACGCCGCGGGGCAGGCUGCGGUGGGCUUCCUGUCUGCAGACCCAGCCGCAUCCUCAUCUCCAGUCCUGCUAGGCUGCGAGGGCGGGACGCUGCUCUGUGUGCGGCUUGUGUGCCAAGGAAAUGGAUUAUUUUGCCCCUGAGUAUUUAAAAUUGCCAAUAAACAGUUCUUGUUGGCAGGUCGCUAGGAACAUAAAGCCUGGGACCCAGCUCGGCGCUUAAUUGUCUUGACAGGCAACGUGAAAAUAAUCACGCCUCAGACCAGUCUGGACCGUGGAGGCUUUUCCCACACGAGCGGUUAAAUCGCGAAUUCUGCGUGGCGCGUGCCGUGUGCCGCUGUGUCCGGGUGAUGAGACACCAAAGGUGUCUCUGAGGAACCCGUCCUGUCCGAUUCUUCUGCCAUCUCGGGGAGACUUCAUGGAGGCGGCUGACCCGCUGAUGCUUUAAAAACCAGCGGUGAUCACCUGGAUAACGUGCACUCGGGGUGCACGGACGGGGGUUCUGCAGAGGCAGCGGGCCUUGGCGUGGGCGGUCGGGCCCGCCUGACAGCUGUCCCUGCGGGCUGUGAAGCUGGACCUCCCCGGAGGGCCGAGACGGAGCCCGCUGGCCUCCCUGGGCGGCUGGGGACCCUGCUCGGGGCCCGCAGCAGGGAUGCUGGGAGUCACCAAGAUGGGCCCCAAAUUGAUUAAUAGUUCAUGGUUGGAGAUAAAAAAAAAGUUGACACUUUUGCCCAGCAGAUUGGCAUCUCCCUUAUGCCAUGUGACGGUCCUCUCGUGGGGCUGGGCCUCAGCCACCAGGGU